AUCAUCAACCCGGUCAUGGGGAUGCGGUCAACCUUCCAGACACGUCACCCCGGCAGAAUCAAUGGCAGUGCGUCGCAAACAAUGCCACCAUCUCCAAGUUCGAUGUGGCGUCUAUAUAUAUAUAUACACACACACGCAUACACGCCAGAAACUCCGAGAGAGAAUUGUGAUCAAGGUAGCAAAUUAAAUAAGGAAGAUCCAUCAAUGGCUUCCAAGCUUCAGGUCCUCGCAGUGCUCCUUGCCAUCGCAACUGUCAUGGUGCCCGUCGCCAUGGCAGCAGACAUCGUGGUCGGCGAUGACAACGGUUGGAGGCAGGAUUUCAACUACACCGAAUGGGCAUCGAACAAUAUGUUCAUGCUUGGGGACAAUCUAGUUUUUAAGUACGACAGAGCGAUUCACAGUGUGGUUGCGGUGGGAGGAGAUGACUUCAGGACGUGCAAUGUUUCGAACGGAGCGAUUAAGAGGUUCGACAGUGGCAACGACGUGAUACAGCUCAACACGACGGGGAAGAGAUGGUACGUGUGCGGAGUGGUAGAGCACUGCAUUAACGGGCAGAAGCUUGCCAUCGAAGUUCUUCCGGCCAUGUCGCCGCCACCGAACUCGUCGACGUCGAAUCAAGUCAUGUCGCACGCGUACCAGACGCUGAUGGCGGUUUUGAUUGCGGCGAUGAUGAUAUGAUCAGUUGAUUAAUGAACGGCAAACAAUUCGCGAGUUUUAAUUCCUUUUUGUUUGAAUAUAAUAAAUUAUAUAUAUGCUAUUUUAGUAUGAAUAUCGAGUUUGUCUUUCAUUAUUGUAGCAAAACCGAAUUAAGGGGAAGUCUUAUCUAUCGAAUCGAUCGG